AUGACUUUACUAUAUGGGACGAGCACUAUUUUAUCAAGAUCCAGCAAGUUUCCUCUCCGGCAACAUUGUUCAAACAUCUUAAAACUGGCGUCCUUCUCAAAUAAGACUAGUUUAACACCUGAACAAUGGCUUGAGGCUUUGAAUAUCAGAACUUUACCUUCAAAAAGCUUUUCCUUUCAGUUUGAUCGGUCUAGUGGUCCAGGUGGUCAAAAGGUCAAUAAGAGUAGCACUAAAUGUACCUUGACGAUUUACGGAUUUUCCAAAUGCGCCUGGAUCCCACAAGAAGUACGGAAUCAGCUUUUGGCCAAAAACUUACGAUACUGGGCCCAGUCCAAAGAUUGCAUUGUCAUACAGUCCGAUCAAACACGAAGUCGAGAGACGAACAAAGAGCUCUGCUUGGAAAAACUCGUCAAGGAAAUCAAGGACAUUUGCUGGUUUGCAAAGCCGGUAAGCAGCCAAAAUCUGGAGAAAUGGGAAUCUGUGCGACGCAAGACUAAGGAAUCUCGACUUGAAGAAAAAAAGUUCCGUAGCGACAAAAAACAACUUCGACAAAAGCCCAAUUUCUUUUGA